GUCAACACAGAAUUAUUGUUUGUUUUGUUAUCGCUUUAAACAAAACACCAUUUUCUCCCACAAAGUUCCUCAAAUUUCAAGUGAAAUUCAUACCAAAACGGACAUCAGAAAGUAGGAACUGACCAUGAACGUGUCCAUUGAACGAAAACGCGCCGAUUGUGGUGCCCUGCCCAAGGGAUGGCAACGGGAGGAAGUGCUCCGCAAAACGGGUCUUUCCGCUGGCAAGGUGGAUGUUUACUAUUACAGUCCGGCGGGUAAACGAAUCGAGAGCAAACCCCAGUUGGCGCGGGCUCUUGGGGACACAAUUGAUUUGUCCACCUUUGAUUAUCAAGCGGGUCGCGUAGUUUCGGGUGCUACUCAUAUGAUGUUACAGCACAAUGCUCUCAAACGAAAGUUAGGUUCCAGUGCGAGUGGGAGCGCCGGAACCGGAAGUGGAGGCAGUACGCCAAGCGGUAGCAGUGGGCAAGGUCCACCGCCUCCCGUUCCCAUUUAUCAUCCCCUGUCGGCAUCGGCAGGAAAUCUGGGAGUAGCCAGACAUCAUCAGCAUCAGAAUCAGUCCCAUUCAUCGCAGCAAUACGAUUACAGUCGAGGAAUGCGAGCGGAUACUUCGUUGAUUCCUCCCAUUCGACAGACGGCAUCAAUUUUCAAACAACCGGUAACGGUCGUUCGCAGCCAGGACGGAGAGAGCAAAGUCAAACGAGAACUGCAGCAUGGUUCGCAAGUUAAACCGCGACAACUGUUCUGGGAGAAACGUUUAGAGCACCUUCGUGCCAACAACACUCACAGCGAGGAAAUCGGUUUGCUAGAGCUACCCAAACGAUUGAAGGCGGUCGGGCCCGGUGUCAAUGAGGCCACGGUGUUGCAAUCUCUGGCCACUGCUUUACAAAACAACUCCCAGCCGGUGACGGGUCAAACGGCUUCGAAAACAUCGCUCAACACCAAUGCCGGGGUUUUUGUGAACCCGGACCAGCCACUGAUGCACGUGGCCACCGUCACCGAGGACGACAUCAAGCGGCAAGAAGAGCGGGUGCAGUUUGCGAGGCUCCGAUUACAAGAAGCACUGAAAGCCUAAUCAAUAGGGUGAGGUAAAUUUAUUUUACAAUUUUAUGCUAAUAGUAUUUAAGAUCUUUUCUAAUGACUAUGUCGAUAUCUGGAACGGUCGAAGAUAAAAGACUUUGGGAUAAUGUAUCUUAGUGUAAACGCAUGUGUUCGAUGAUGAUUUUAGCAAUACAAAAAUGUCCACUCGAAUAAGUUGACCUAAUGCUAUGACCAAGAACAUUACCCAUUACAUCUCUAAAGUGUAGUAAAGAAGCUCUGACUGUAAUGAUUAUGUGCAUCAUAAUAUACUAUCAUAACUUAUUGAGUACUAUAAA